AUGGAUGCAGCCGGAGAGGAAGAUCCCAGUGCGAUUAUGGAUGCAGCCGGAGAGGAAGAUCCCAGUGCGAUUAUGGAUGUAGCCAGAGAGGAAGAUCCCAGUGCGAAUAUGGAUGCAGCCAGAGAGGAAGAUCCCAGUGCGAUUAUGGAUGCAGCCAGAGAGGAAGAUCCCAGUGCGAUUAUGGAUGCAGCCAGAGAGGAAGAUCCCAGUGCGAUUAUGGAUGCAGCCGGAGAGGAAGAUCCCAGUGCGAUUAUGGAUGCAGCCAGAGAGGAAGAUCCCAGUGCGAUUAUGGAUGUAGCCAGAGAGGAAGAUCCCAGUGCGAAUAUGGAUGUAGCCAGAGAGGAAGAUCCCAGUGCGAAUAUGGAUGCAGCCAGAGAGGAAGAUCCCAGUGCGAUUAUGGAUGCAGCCAGAGAGGAAGAUCCCAGUGCGAUUAUGGAUGCAGCCAGAGAGGAAGAUCCCAGUGCGAUUAUGGAUGCAGCCGGAGAGGAAGAUCCCAGUGCGAUUAUGGAUGCAGCCGGAGAGGAAGAUCCCAGUGCGAUUAUGGAUGCAGCCGGAGAGGAAGCUCCCACAUCUUCUUCUUCCAUUACGGUGGUGCUGCCGCUGCAGCCAAUCAUCUGUUUACUCCGACACAGAGUUAGGAACGAAGAGCCGCAUCAGAAACGCUCUUCACUGUCGUCAGAGACUGAGCUGAGGCAGAACUACUGCUGUAAACGGCUCUCGGGAAGCGGCUCUCGUGAAGCGGCUCUCGUGAAGUGGCUCUCGGGAAGCGGCUCUCGGGAAGCGGCUCUCGUGAAGUGGCUCUCGGGAAGCGGCUCUCGUGAAGCGGCUCUUGAAGCGGCUCUCGAAGCGGCUCUCGGGAAGCGGCUCUUGGGAAGCGGCUCUCGGGAAGCGGCUCUCGGGAAGCGGCUCUCGGGAAGCGGCUCUCGGGAAGCGGCUCUCAGGAAGCGGCUCUCGUGA